CUACACACACUCUCUUUCUCUCUCUAGGGCAAUGUACUACUACCUGUUUUGCUCUUCCGAAAAAAUAUCUUGCUCCUUUGGGAUAGAGAAGCAAAUGAAGACAUAAUCAAAUCAUUAUUAAGCCAUGGAAAAGAAGAAGAAGAAGGAUUGCAAGCUUCCUUACAUUACCUCUUGAGAGGCUAAUGAGUCAAACCAGCCCUUGAGGAAGGAAGAUCAAAACCAAUGUAGUGUCGGACUUGCUGCUGAAAAGUAUCGCACAAUUAGUAUCCCGUCGCAUGACAAUGUGCCGUCUUUGAAUCUCCAGUUCCAACCGGUUUUUCAUUGGCCGUAUACAACCCUGUAUGCAAUGGAAUUACAAUCUCCAUUAGUCCAACCACCCUCACCUGCUGCCCAUCAGGUCCAACACGGCCAACCACUCUUGCAUCUAGCCCAACAAACAAUGCCUGUUUGGCCUGAUAACACAUUAAGUGGUGUCAAUGCACAUGUUUCUUAUCAGCCAUUUGCCAUGACUGGAGGAGGUGUUCCAGCAAGUAAUCAUGCCCCGAUUCCAAGCUAUUGUUACCAUUUUGGUUACCCAUUUCCAGGCUUCCCAGGUCCUUGGGAUCCCACAUCUUGGUGGGGUCAACCGGGACCAUCACUGCCUCCUUGCACCAACUCUUCCCAGGGACCAGGAGCAUUUGCCUAUGUAUCUUCAGUGCCACCACCAAUGCCUAGUAGCCUAGCCACCUCCAGUGAAAAUUUUCAGAGAGGAAUCAUUAAGCUGCGAACAAAACUUUCCCUGAAGCACCAACAACUGUGGGGAGCUCAAUCAGCAGAGAAUGUUCAGCUAUGGGCUGUGGUUGGUCAGCUGCAAACUGAAUUGGCUGAUUGCAAGAGCCGACUAAUGAAGCUUGAGUCAGAGGUUCUCUCUCUGAAACCUAAAGUAGAAGAGCCCACUUGUCAUGGUACUGGAACUUCGUUAGCUGGGAAAUCAUCAAAGAGAGGGAGACCAGAGAAACAAACAUCUUCUGUUGAUGCAUCACCAAGUCCACUUGAUUCUCACCUUCAUGCUCGUGGUGGAAAGCCUAAACUAAGUAAUGUCCAAUCUGAGACUGAAAAUCAACAUUUCAGAAAGAACCAUAUAAUCAAAGUUGAAGGGAAGGAAAAUUCAUGUCAUUCUACUGGAGACAUGGAAAAUUUGUUUUAUAAUCAUAUUAGUGGCAUUGAGUUUUCUGAAAGCAAUCCUUUGUUUCAUAGUCAAAUUGAGAAUGAUGUUCGAGGGGCCGGCCUUUCUUCCACUGAAUCAAAAGCUUGUGAUGGCAAGAAUGGUGCUUCUAUCAAUCUACUGGGUGGCACCAAUGACAAAAAGUUUGAGUGUAAUUCGAACACACAAUCUGAAGUUUGUGGAAGAGAGCUGAUUAACGUCAAGUCUGAACCAUAUGACGAUGAUUGUAAUGGUGUAGGAGGGAAUUCUGUCGUCAAAUGGAGUUUUGGAAAUGACGAUUCCGCUGCUAUAGGAGUUCGAAAUGCCGCAGUAGAGUCUGGCAAAGAUGAAGACGAUGAUGAAGAGAUGGAUGAUGGUGAGAGCUCUAGUGCUGAAGAUAUUGCAUGAAAAGUUUGGUUACCAAUUUUAGCCUAAGGGGUUUGCAUCAGUUAAGUAGCCUGUGACAGGAUUUCCUCUGUUUCUUUGCAUCUGUUUUUUGUCACAUAUGUUUUGCCAUUUCAAUUCCCGGAUGAAGAGAUGGACGAUUACAAUGAUAUGUAUUCCUUGCUCAGUUGGGUUCUCAU